AUGUGGGGCUUUGCUCUGCUGCCAUUGGAUAAAGACUUUGAUGUGCCUCUUCGUAACACCUUAAGGUUGUGGGAUCACUGUGGUUCCAAGCAGAAACCUUCUGAAAUAGGUUUCAUCAUGGGCAUUGAAUUUGAGAAACAAGACAGUAACAUCAUUUCAAUUUUUCUUGAAUUAUGUAGCUUUGAUGAUUUAAUUGGAUUCAAAAGUUCUGUGGAAGAAGAAUGUCAUGAUAUUGAUGAGGCAAGCUUGUGGCUUUUUUGUGGAUUAGGGCAAUUGACUUCUCUUCAAACAUUAAACUUAUUUGUUUUGAGUGAGGGUCCUGUAGGUUCUUCCAAGCAUUGUGGUGGGCUAGCGGAAUUAAACAAGCUAAAUGACUUGAGAGGAAAAUUAGUGAUUAAAAAUUUGGCACGAUUGAAAGAUGCCACCCCAGAAUUCAAGGCUGCAAAUUUGAAGGAGAAGCAACGUCUCAGUGAGUUGAUAUUAAAGUGGAAUUCAGAGGGUGAUGAUGAAAAUUCCAUGGAUAGCCUCCGACCACACGAAAGUUUAAAAUCUUUGAAAGUGGAGGGGUACAUGGGCGUGAGAGUUUCAAGUUGGCUUUCAUUCUUAACAAAUCUCGUUGAUUUAUAUAUAUACGAUUGUAAGAAGUGCCAAUAUUUGCCAUCGUUGUAUCAACUCCCAUCUCUCCGAGAACUAUAUAUUAGAGAUAUGGAUGGUCUGGAGUACAUGACAGACGGGGAUAUGAAUGAUGAGAUAUCUGCUUCACUGGCAUCACCAUCAACAUUUUUCCCAUCCCUUCGAACACUCUGGCUAAUGGAUUGUCAUAAUCUAAAGGGAUGGUGGAGGAGUGUGGAUAAGGGGAAUGAGGCAACAACGACAUCAACAAUAUCAUCAUCAUCAUCAUCAUCAACUAAUCACUAUCACCAACACAUGCCGUACUUUCCGCGUCUUGCUUCUUUUUAUUUCCGGGAUUGCCCUAAGAUGACUUGCAUGCCGCUAUUUCCAAAUCUUGAACAGCUUCAAUGGGGGAAUAGCAGUUUGAAGGCAUUGGAAGAGACAAUAGAGAUGAAUAAUACGGGAGGAAGGGCUUCUUCAUUUCCGUCCUCUUCCUCCUCCUCCUCCUUCUCCCCUCCUCUCUCCAAAUUAAAGCAAUUGUAUCUAACUCUGGACUUGGAGUCUCUGCCAGAGGAGUGGUUUAAAAAUCUAACUUCUCUUGAGAGAUUACAGAUUUUUUCGUGUCCCAAUCUGACGUCACUUCCCGAAAGGAUGAGUCACCUCACCUCUUUACAGACCCUAAGUAUCAGCUAUUGUCCCCAAUUAAAGCAAAGAUGCGAGAAGGAAAAUGGAGAGGAUUGGGAUAAGAUUUCUCACAUCCCAAAUCUUCAUAUAUUGUGA